UUGUGCCAGAGCUGAAUAAUGAUGAUCCCAGCACACUUAUAAAGAGAAGCAGAGAGCUCACCACAGAGGUGUUCCUUGCUGCCCUGGUCCUCUGCGGAGCAUCACUGCACCUCGCCCACCAAGGUGCAUUUCCCACCUGCAUCCCAGUGCAGCCAUGCUGGGCACGGCAGUGCGGCUCUCGGUCCUGCUCAGCCUCUUCAGCGUUGGGAAAGGCCAGAUGUUUCACAUGGGACCGUGCCCAGAUCCAUCUGUUCAAGAAGACUUUGAUAUCAACAAGUAUCUGGGGAAAUGGUACGAGAUAGAGAAGCUGCCCUCAACUUUUGAGAAAGGAAGCUGCAUCCAGGCAAAUUACUCAUUGAAGGAGAAUGGGAAGUUCAAGGUGAUCAACAAGGAGAUGCUUGCCAAUGGCAGAAUCAAUGAAGCUGAAGGAGAGCUCAUGCACAUGGAUGUGAAGCAGCCGGCCAAGCUGGGCGUGCGCUUUAACUGGUUCAUGCCUGCUGCCCCUUACUGGGUCAUCUCCACUGACUAUGAAAAUUACUCCCUGGUUUACUCCUGCACCAACAUCCUCUGGCUCUUCCACAUGGACUACGCCUGGAUUCUGUCAAGAGCUCCUGACAUGCACCCAGAAACCGUGGAGAACCUGAAGGGAGUUCUCCAGUCCUACAAGAUCGACACCGAUAAAAUGAUCCCCACUGACCAGGCCAACUGCCCUGCUGAGAUGUAACUCCUGGCAUGCAGUGACACGGCACCAGACAGAGACAAACUUUGUUGCUUGCUUUAUUAUCCAUUAGAAUUUCUCUGUGUACCUGAGAAUUUUAAUAACAUUAGUUUCCUCUUUGCUAACAGUAGUGUGCCAGCCCAGAUGUACUCCUUGCUGCCAUUCCCUGUAUUGCUCUUCCCCCUCUUUUUGUCUUUCUCUGACUUUUGUAGCAUAACUGAGUCAGUGCUAAUGGGUAAAAGAGAGAAGCCCUGCAGUGCAGACCUGAAACUCUGCUGCUGCUGUGAGUUCUCCAGUAUGGGGAUGGGAAAGGGUUUGAGAUGUGAUGUGCAAAUAUUAGUCCUGAGGAAAAAUUGUUCAUCACACAGCCCCAUGUUCAUUUCCAAAUUUUGUCUUGAUGCCUCUGGGCCUGCCAGGAAUCUGCAGUGUCUGAGCUACACUGUGGGCACUGCCUUAGCAUAGCAACAUCCAGACAUGGUGGGUCAGUCCUGCAGCCUGGGAACAGUCCUGAGGCUGGGGGUCUUGAGAGUUU